GUACCAGGAGAGCAGCCAAUCCCACGCUCCCCGGGAGGAAGAGGAGGAGCCAGGGCCCCAGGGCCCCCGCACUGCUCACUCCCGCGCGGCGCCGGGUCUGCAGUCUUCUCCCGCUUCAGCGUUCCCGCUCAUAGACGACUCCCCUGGUGCAGACAUGGCCUCGGGCGCCGCCUGCGCGCCGGUGAAGAUUGGGAUAAUUGGUGGAACAGGCUUGGAUGAUCCAGAAAUUUUAGAAGGAAGGACUGAAAAAUAUGUGGAUACUCCGUUUGGCAAGCCGUCCGACGCCUUAAUUCUGGGGAAGAUAAAGAAUGUUGAUUGUGUACUUCUUGCAAGACAUGGGAGACAGCAUACCAUCAUGCCCUCGAAAGUCAACUACCAGGCCAACAUCUGGGCUUUGAAGGAAGAGGGUUGUACACAUGUCAUAGUGACCACAGCCUGCGGGUCCUUGAGAGAGGAGAUCCAGCCUGGUGACAUGGUCAUCAUCGAUCAGUUCAUUGACAGGACAUCCCUGAGGCCUCAGACCUUCUAUGAUGGAAGUCACUGUAGCGCCAGAGGAGUGUGCCAUAUCCCAAUGGCUGAACCGUUUUGCCCCAAAACAAGAGAGGUCCUCAUAGAAACAGCUAAGAAGCUUGGUCUUCGAUGCCAUUCAAAGGGAACAAUAGUCACAAUUGAGGGGCCUCGUUUCAGCUCUCGGGCAGAAAGUUUUGUAUUCCGUACUUGGGGUGCAGAUGUUAUCAAUAUGACCACAGUUCCAGAGGUGGUGCUUGCUAAGGAGGCUGGCAUUUGCUAUGCAAGCAUUGCCAUGGCAACCGAUUAUGAUUGUUGGAAGGAGCAUGAAGAAGCGGUGUCAGUGGAUGGGGUUUUAAAGACCAUGAAAGAAAAUGCCAACAAAGCCAAAAGCUUACUGCUCACUACGAUUCCACAGAUAGGCUCUAUGGAGUGGUCAGAAACGCUUCGAAAUCUGAAGAACAUGGUCCAGUGUUCUGUUUUACCACCAAGACAUUGAAACGGCAUGGCCACCACGAGGAGACUUACUACUUCUAGUCUUUGGGAGAUUUUGCUUAAACAAAAAAUGGGACCGAUACGUGGCCUUUGUUCCUUUUCCGGGAAAGGAGCAUGUGGUAAGAAAGAGACCGUGCACUCCAACUGAGAUACAGAUUCUUCUGGAACCUGGAAGGAAAACAACAGCCUGCAGAAAUAUAAGGGAACAAAGCCAAAAACCUUGUCAAUCAUUUCUCCUUCUACACUGGCAACCAUGAAGACUGGUGAGGAUGUUUGUCCAUUCCCCCGCACUGCUGAUGGCUGUGAGCUUGAAAUUUGACUGUGGUUGUAAAUUGGCACCAUCCUUCUGGGAGGCAGGUUCAGUACGUUGCAUCUCGGGCUUAAAAAUACUGAAUGCACUUUGGUAUGCUGGAAUUUCUCUUUAAGAAGUUAUGGGAGAGUCAUUGAAAGAAUCAUGAAAAGAAGGCAAAAUAUUCUAAACAAUAUGGAAAAAUUAGAUAUAUCAUGUUCCUGUUAAACUUAAGCUAUGAAGCAAUCAAGUAGAAAUCAUAUUUUCUCACAAAGAAAUGGUCACUUCAUACUGUGAAAUGAGGGGAAAGGGUAUAAGCAUUUAUGAUACUGGUUUUUUGUUUUAAAUGGUGUGUUAAUGUACAAAAAAAAGACUAGAAGGGAUAUAUAUAAUCCUGCUACUGUAUUUGUGAAGAGAUGCUGGAUAAUUCUUUCUUUUGAUCUUUUUCUCUACUUUUUUUAAAAGUAUAAUCAAAUAAUAAAGUUGUAACACUUAAAAUGGACUUAGAGAAAUCAAACUCUUUGAAACUCUUGGUGGGGAAACAAAGAUGUUUAUAAAAGAAGCGCCCGUGUGAUACAGGAUCUACAAUCCAGAUAGCCUGCACUCAGAAAAAUACAAACAAACCAAAACGUGCUAUGUGAGAAACAUAGAUCUUUUUUUAAGAUCACCACAGAUGCAACCACUCGGGACUGUGACUGAGAAGGUUGGUGUUCACUGCUACAUUGUGUCAAAGGCAAACUGCUUCAAGGAUUGCUGGUGUGCCUCAUUGCCGUAUAUCAGAUCAUUUUUACACUACCAUUUCUUUCUAUUCCGUUUUAAGAGUUGACCCAUUCUCAGUUGGCAGUGUUGUUUUUGAAAACAAGAAAGGAAGGAAGGAACCAGAAGCCUUGUGUUUUGUCGUAGGAUACUUUUUGUUACCGCCAUGGGCUAUCUUCUUGUAAAGUAAGUGUGCUCAUGUCUGAAGCUGACUUCAGGAAAGUAAGCAACUGAUUGUAAGGAUAACAAACCAGUUGCUCCAGCUGUCAUGUUGAGCCCCUGGUAAGUGCCAUUGUAACUUCGGGCCCAUGUUGCGGAGCUUCCUGCUCUGGUUAUUAAAAAUGUGUAGAGACUUCAUGGGUCCUGACCGGGCUCUUGGUAGUUUUUACUUCCUUGGGGAGUGAGCGUUUGUCUUAUCGCCUCCAGUGUGGAAGAGUGCUUUUCCUCAGUGGCCUUCUCCAGCAUCGUCAUAAGCAGGCUUCUUCCUGAAUCCUUCACUGCGAUUGGAAUUGCAUAUAAACUUACACUGUCUACCUUCUUAGCUAUUUAAGUGUGGCUGAAAAUACAUUUGUAUUGUCUUUUCCUAUGGGUGUAUCAGUACAAAACAAUGGGUUUUAUUCUGUCAUUUUUAUAUGCAUAUCAUAUACAUCAUCAUUUAUCCCACGUUAUAUUAUCUUGUGCCUCCCAAAUAAUGUUCCCCAUACUUUAAUGUCAUCUAAUCUAUAUUCUGUAUAUGAGAGAAAUGUGUUUGCCUUACUAAGUCUGUCUGUCUUAGCAUGAUGCUCUCCAGCUCCAUCCAUUUUCCUACAUGUGAGAUAAUUCUUCUCUUUUCUCUAAGUAAAAUCCCAAUGUGUAGCAUACCAAUUCCUUUAUCCAUUCAUAGUUCGUGCACGUGUAGGCUGAUUCCUGAUUUUGGCCGUUCUGAAUAGUGUUUUAAUAAACAUGUGUUUGCAGACUU